AUGGCUUUAAGAAAUUUUAAAUGUAUCUUUAAAGUGAUUUUUGCGACAGAAAUCUUGCUUAUCUUAAACAUACUUGCCAACUGGCCGUAUUUAUUUAAUCCCGUUCUUCUUAAACCGUGGGAAAUGCACAAUGGACAAGAAUCGAUGACGAUGGCAAACAGCACGACUGGUAAUAAAAUAGUCGGGAGAAAGACAAGGUUUUUUAACUACAGUGGUGAUAAAUACGAAACUACAUCGGAAAGUAAAACACAUACUCAUGGAAAAAUGGUUCCUUCGGACAAGAUUAUGGAAAAUAUAUAUGGUUCGGACUGUCCGUUCAACCCUUACAAGCAAACGCUUAACUAUUUGUUUAACAACUGGAUGGCUUUAGAUAAUUAUUAUAAUUUUUCAAGUUUUCUAUGCGGUGGAUCUCUGAUUGGCUUGCUAAGAGACGGGGAUUUAAUACCUUACGACCGGGAUAUUGAUGUGUGCGUCACUAUGGAAAAUUAUCAAAAAGUGCGCGCCAUUCAUUCAGCAAAACCGUUUGACUACCGGUCCAGUCAAAUAUAUCUGGCAGUACAAGAGGACUUUUCCAACAAUAAUGUAUCGAGUAGGACUCUGGUUGAUUGUCGGGGACGUAUAGCACAGCGUGCGCGGGAUCCCUGCUCGUUCGAUACGCCUGGGGCGCGUUUAAUAUCUCGCAGAGUUUACGUGGACGUUUUUGUAUUUCGCGAGCAUGGACGGAGAUUACGUGAUCACGAGUACGGAAAGAAUCAUCUCAAGACAGAUAUAUUCCCGUUAAAACACUGCACGUUUAUGGGCGUGGAGACAAAAUGUCCUCGCAAUGAAAUGUCAUUAUUGCUGAAAUAUUACGAACCUGACGUCCUCACAAAGCCACAUUAUAAAUGUCAAAAUAAAACGUGGGUAGCAACCAGCCAAGACGCAAACAAACAGUUCAAAAUAUGGUUUCGCAAAAGGCUCAAACGGCACUAUUCGUAA